AUGUCGAAGCAUCACCCGGACUUGAUCUUGUGCCGGAAACUCCCUGGUAUCGCUAUAGGGCGUCUUUGUGAACGGUGUGACGGGAAAUGCCCUAUUUGUGACUCGUACGUGCGCCCUGCUGCCAUUUGUGUGGUGGCCAAGGUGUAUCGGAUGCAUAUUAUUGCGCAGAAUGCACCCGACUUGAAAAAGAUCGGGAUGGUUGUCCGAAGACGGUAA